AUGGCGUCUGUUUAUAAAUCUCUUUCAAAGAGGAAAAAGAAAGAUGCUGCUAAAGAUAAUGCCGACGAUGAGGAUAUUGACAUGGACAUGGAACAAUUUGACGACGACGACAGCAGCGAUGAGGAUGGAGAUAAGGAAACAUCAGAAGAUGGUUUAGAAGACGGUUCUGACGAUGGUGAAGAGGAAGACGGAGAUAUAAAUCUGACGCCGAAGAAGAGCCCACAGUCGCAAAAGAAUCCCUCAUUUAUGCCAAAAACUAGAGUUCUUGUGCUUACCUCAAGAGGCGUUUCGUACAGACACCGUCACCUUGUCACUGACCUUACUGCCCUUCUACCACAUACAUACAAAGAGAGCAAGCUCGACACCAAGAAAUCCCAAGGAUACAACUUCCUCCUCAACUCAUUGGCCGACCUCCAUUCUUGCAAUGUUGUGUUCUUCCUCGAGGCGCGCAAACAGGGUCAAGAUCUGUAUCUGUGGCUCUCAAGACCGCCGAAUGGCCCCACCCUCAAGUUCAGCGUGACUAAUUUACAUACCAUGGGCGAAUUAGGCACCGGAUUUGCAGGAAACUGUCUCAAGGGCGGCCGAGGAAUCGUUGUUUUUGACCCUUCCUUCGAUGACAAUGUCGUAUUACAACGGGGGAAUGAAUGGAGAGGAUUGGUUAGGGAAAUGCUACGAAGCGUGUUCAGUGUACCCAAGCGAGGUGUUAGAGGGAUGAAGCCGUUUGUCGAUCGAGUGAUUGGUAUCUUCGCGGUGGAUGGGAAGAUAUGGGUUCGUGUUUACGAGAUCAGGGAAACGGACGUGGCUACCGCCACCAAGAAAGCGGAGGAAGAGCUUGAAAACGCAGCAAAGAAGAAGAAAUCAAAGGGCACUAGCGCAAGCAAGGGCGGGCCUGAAAUCUCACUGGUUGAAAUUGGACCGCGAUUUGUCCUUACGCCAAUCGUGAUACUGGAGGGAAGCUUUGGCGGGCCGGUUAUUUAUGAGAAUCGCGAAUACGUGAGUCCCAACCAGGUUCGACGUGAGAUUCGGAUGAAGAAGGCGACUCGGUAUACUGCCAGAAGGACGGGGCAGAUUGAUAGGAACGUCAAAAAGACGGAAUUGGGAUUAAAUACUGAAAGCUCAAAGGAGAAGAAGGUAGACGAGCUUGAUUCGAGAGUCUUGUUUGCAUAG